AUGGCGCUAUAUGGGACUUCUGACGCCUUGAUGUGGAGGGCGUUCCCAACGACCUUGAGGGGACCGGCCCGUGCAUGGUACAUCGGCCUGAAGACCAGGACCAUCUCUUCCUUUGAUCAGCUCGUCCGAGACUUCGAGCUCAACUUCCUCGCCUACGCCCGUUCGAAGCCGUCCGUGGCGUUGCUCCUCGGACUCAACCAAAGGGAGGAUGAGCCCCUCUCCCACUUCGUGAACCAAUUUACAACGCAGAUCCGAGGACUCUCGGAGGCUCACCCUUCUCUAUUGAUGCAGGCAUUCAUGAUAGGCCUGCGGCCCUCCAGGUUCUUCUGGUCUCUGGUGGAGCGACCUCCCACGACGGUACCCGAGAUGCUCCAACGGGCGAGCCAGUUCGUCGUCGCGGAGACGUGGAUGGCCGGGAGACGCGAGGAGUACAAGAGGAUCAAGUGGAGCCGCCCCGGCAGCAGCAACCCCCUGCGUCUUGGUGUAGGUUGGACAGAACCGACCCGCCGGCAUCAAGGCCCCCUCUCCCAGCCUUGA